GCUGGUAUAAAAAAAGUCGCCAAGAGGAAGCGCUAUUCGCGUGUGUUACAACUUCUAAAAAUAUACAUGCAGCAAGUUCAAUGAAUUUAUCGCCGUCGCACGCCCGUUUUUGUUCGAUUAGUUAGUUACAUUCGAUUUUCCCGAUGAAAAAUGGCCGGAAAAUCGCAACCAUGAUCUCGAAGGUGGUCUUGGUGUUCUGGUUAGCCGGAGAUGUUUCCGUUACGCGCUGUGCCAACAGGGAAAAGUUCAAUAUCGGCGGCAUAUUCAGCGACGAAAUCCAGGAAGCAGCCUUCAAAAUAUCCACCAGCGAAAUCAACCGCAAGCACCCCGAAUCCGGCGUCGAACUGGUACCCCUCACCGUCUUAGUGCCACCCACGGACGUCCUGGAAACCUACAAAACCGCCUGCGAUUUCCUGCGCACCGGCAUCGUGGGCCUCUUCGGGCCGAGCUCCGCGCACUCCUCGCCCUACGUGCAGGCCAUCUGCGACGCCAAGGAGAUCCCCCACGUGGAGACGCGCGCCGACUUCGCCGCCGAACGGAACGAGUCGCUGGUGAACGUGCACCCGCACCCCGGCGUCCUCGCCAGGCUCUUCAAGGACCUGGUGCGGGCGUUCGAGUGGCGCAGGCUGGUGGUGCUCUACGAGGGCCAGAGGAGCUUGUUGGAACUCGGGUCGCUGUUGGAGUUCAAUAAUCGCAAAGGUAGAAAAGUAGUUUUAAGGAAGCUCGAAUCGGUCGAUAAGGGAAACUACAGGGCGUUCCUCAGCGAGGUGAAGUCUUUGGGAGAAACGAACUUCGUACUGGCCUGUUCCGUUGACGUUCUCGAGGAAGUUCUCAAGCAAUUGCAACAAGUCGGCAUGAUGACCGAAUCGUACAGUUACAUUAUCACCGAUUUGAACGCACAAACCUUAGACCUGACGGCUUUCCAGUACGCCGGUACCAACAUUACAGCAGUGCGCAUGUUGGACCCGGAGCAAAUCGAAAUCAUGGAGAUGGCGGAGAGUUUGCAAAAACAGAACGCUCCCGGCUCCGAUCUGCCGGUGCUGUUGGAAUCUUGGAAAACCAAAUUGGAAACCGUCCUGCUCUUCGACGCCGUGGAAUUGUUCCACGAAACCCUGCGCAACCUCACCGUCGACGGGAAGAAGAAAAUCCGAAGCCGUCGCAUCGACUGCGACGGCCCCACCGCCUGGAACGACGGAUACUCCAUAAUCAAUCUGAUGAAAUCCACGCGCAUCCGGGGGUUAACGGGCGACGUCGAAUUCGACGUGAAAGGCUUCCGUACGAACUUCGCGGUGGACGUGCUGGAGCUCUCCUUGGGCGGGUUGAUCAAGAUCGCCGAAUGGAAUUCCACGGCGAGGAAGCUCCGCUUCCAAAGGCCCCAGAAGCAAUCCAAACCCGAAGAUCGAGCGGACGUUUUCAACACCACCCUCACCGUACUCAUUAGCAUUAAUCCUCCCUACCAAAUGCUCAAAGAGACCACGGAGAAGCUGGCCGGUAACGAGCGGUACGAAGGCUUCGGCAUCGACGUCAUCGACGAGUUGUCGAGGCUUCUGGGCUUCAACUACACUCUAAUAGAGCAGGAGGAUGGGUCCUAUGGUGUGAUGAACAAGACCACGGGGAAAUGGGACGGAAUGAUGGGUGCUAUUAUAGACGGGAAAGCCGAUUUGGCGAUCACGGAUUUAACGAUAACGUCCGAACGGGAAAGCGCCGUGGACUUCUCCGAGCCCUUCAUGAACUUGGGUAUCAGCAUUUUAUAUAGGAAACCCGAACCGGUACCGCCCAGUUUGUUCAUGUUCGUCUCGCCGUUCUCCUUCACCGUGUGGUUCAUGCUGUGCGUGUCCUACCUGAUCGUCUCCAUAGCCAUAUUCAUCAUGGGCCGGCUGUCGCCCAGCGAAUGGCAGAACCCCUACCCCUGCAUCGAGGAACCCCAGCAUCUGAUCAACCAGUUCUCGAUCAGGAACAGCUUCUGGUUCACCAUCGGCGCCCUCAUGCAGCAAGGCUCCGAACUAGCACCCAUCUCGAUAUCGACUCGAACGGUGUCGGGUUUCUGGUGGUUUUUCAUUCUGACGAUGGUGUCAUCGUACACGGCGAAUUUGGCCGCCUUUCUCACCGUCACGACGCUGGUGGCGCCGUUCAAGGACAUCGACGAGCUGGCCGAGCAGAAGGAGAUCGAAUUCGGGGCGAAGAACAAGGGGGCCACGGCGAAUUAUUUCAGGGACUCGAAUUUGACCAAAUACAAGAAGAUUUGGAGCUACAUGGUGCACCAUCCGGAGCUGAUGCUCGACGACAACGAUCAGGCGGUGAAGAAGGUGCAGAACGAGAACUACGCCUUCUUGAUGGAGUCCACCACCAUAGAGUACGUGAUUGAGAGGCACUGCACGUUGGCCCAGGUGGGAGGGUUGCUGGACGAUAAAGGAUACGGAAUCGCCAUGAAAAAAUUUUCCCCCUACAGAAACGACAUCAGUACGGCCAUACUCCAGCUGCAGGAGAAAGGAGUUCUCACAUCUCGGAAGAUUAAAUGGUGGAAGGAGAAGCGAGGUGGUGGUAAAUGCUCCGCCAAGGCGGAAAAUAGCGAAGCGACGGCCCUGGAUCUGCAGAACGUCGGGGGGGUUUUCCUGGUGCUGUUCGUGGGGUCGAUUCUGGGGGUGUUCGGCUCGCUGGCGGAAUUCACCUACCACAUUUACCGGCGCACGAAACGCGAGAAGGUCCCGUUCAAGGAGGAGUUCAAGAAAGAGUUGAAAUUCCUGGCGCAAUUCAAACAGAACGUGCGAGAGACGAAUCGAUGCGCGACCAGCAGCGAUAAAAAUCUUAUAGAUAACGAUAAAUAUAAUUUUCAGUAAAUUUA